AUGCCAUCCCUGACCGACAGCCUCGCAGCGCUCGCAGACUAUUCGCACCAGAUCCACACCCUCGCAGCAGCAAAUCAAGCCCCCUCAGGGCGAUACACCACCGCCUAUCUCAACUCGCUCUAUCCCAACCCCGUCCCCGUCCCCGGUCCCUCCACGCGAGCCCGGCCAAGCUCACGCUCUCAUUCCCGGCCAAGUCAUAGCAGACCUGAUGGCGGAUCAGUGACGUCCCUCAUUAGGGAUGCCGACGAGAAUGAGAAGAAAUUAUUUCGAUUUGUAGGGGAGACGGAGGUGGUCGGUGUAGGCAGGGUGAAGCGGGUGGAAAAGCGGGAUGAGGGACGAGGUGGGGGGUCGGAAUCUGCAGGUAAGGCGGGAGAGGGGGAGAGGAAAGAGAGGGAUGAGGUGGAGAUUAUGCUCAAGACGGCGCUGAGGCUGGUGGAUGAUUACCGACCUAUGCCUCGUGCUCGAGCCACAAUCGCCAAUCUUUUGGAAACGCACCAUACCCAGCUGGAGCGGGUCGCCGAGCUGGAGCUGCAGAUUGAAGAAGCUGCCAAGACCCCUGCCGCACCUGCUCCACCUCCCAUAUCCAGCGCCACGUCCGGAAUUGCUGCGCCGUCCGCACGCAAGGGUCCGCCGGAGUCAAGCGCAGCAGCGAAGAUGACUUUCGAAGACGCCGUCAAGGCCGAAGAGGUCGCUUUGCGGGCUAUGGAGGCCCAGCUCGUCCCCCUUCGUGCUGCCCAAGCUGCCGCCGCCUCAUCCUCCACCGCCCCGGCAGAAAAUGUGGAGCAUCGAUCCGCAUUCACCGCAUCUUCCAUCCUUCCUACCUCCCCUCCGGCCUCCCAGCCCCAAGCGAAGUCUUUCUCCGCCUCCACUCGCACCCGCACACCCGCCGCUCAAAAGAUCACAAACUCCCUCGUGAACGGUACCACACCCCGUCGCGCCCGCGCCACACCCGGCCCCGUCGAAGUCCUGACGGAAGGCUUCGAGUUUGAUCGAUUCUCCCCGCUCAAGUUCUUGGGGACACCGCGGGCGAGAGGAAAGGCGAGUGCGAGCACGAGGAGUGCGUUGAGGGAGGUUAUGGGGAGUCCGGGCGCGAGAGGAGCGAAUGGGGAGGAAGAAGUAAUGGGGAGGGGGAUCUUUGGGAGGCGGGUGACGGCUGGAGGAGCGGGGCCGGCGGGCGGGGUAAAUGGCCUGGGAGAGAGUACGGCGACUGUGCGAGGGAGGUCGGGGUCGAGUAGCGGAUCAGUGGCAGGGGAAGGAGGGGAAGGAGAGGAUGUCGGAGGAGAAGAAGAUCAGACGAUACGCUUUGCGCCUACUUCCGCGGCCGCUCAAGCCGCGGAGGAGGAAGGCCUGGGACAAGGCCCUGUAGCAGAGGUAAAGUGGGCAGAAGAGAAGCCAGAGAUGGCGAAGCAGCAAGAGCCAGAGGGGGUACUGGAGGGUGUCCAAUACAGGCUUCCGGUGAUCGAGCAAGCUGUCGCCAAGAUAAGAGAAGGGCUAUCCGAGAUGCUCAGGCAGGGUUCCGCCGCUGGAUCAGAAGCGCCCGAGACUGUCGAAGGCACAAUAUCUCAUCUAGCCCGCCUAUCUCGCUCUGACCCAUCCACGCCCCUCAGUCCUUCGUCCCAUUCCACCUCCACCCUCUCCUCCGCCGGCUCCGUAAUCCCCGGCCCGCCCAUCCCACCCAUCACCCCGCAAACGAUCCUCACCGCUCACCUCCUUCUUGCGCUCCUACGUGCCCCUGACGCAGCCGUGUCCAUGUCGGACCUCAAAGAUGAUCUGGGCGCGCUGGUACGGGCUCGAGGGUGGGAGCCAGCGGGAGCGGGCGGGGCGGGCGUAGCGGGGGCAGGGGGGAUGGUGACCAAGUGUAUCUAUCAUGUGGUGGGGAAGAGGGUGGCGAAGAUUGAUCGGAAAGCGGGGGCGAAGGUUAUGUUUGCUAUAUGA